AUGGCGUCGGCAAGACCGACUUCCACGAGACGCAGGUCUAGUCGCCAUGGAUCUAUCCGAUCGGAAGACUGGCCCGAAGAGGUCAACGAGCCAGACAGGCGAGAUUGGGAACAUAUGGAGUUCCAUGGAGAUGGGCUGAACACUGGUGUUCGGGUGCUUGGUGACGGACGUCUGGACAUAAAAAUCAACGAACACAAGCCAAGUAUCGCAGGGUUGUUGAAUCGCAUGCAGAACACGCCUCUAGCAUCCGACCUAGAGAGUCUCGAGCAAGAGCCCACACCAGAAGCCAUGCCGAAAGACGAAGGGAAAUACUUCCCGCUACAGUUGAAUAUUGUGAUCCAAGUGAUUGGUUCGCGAGGCGAUAUCCAACCUUUCGUUGCGCUAGGCAAAGAAUUAAAAGAGCAUGGACACCGAGUACGACUAGCGACCCAUCUUGCCUUCCGAGAUUUCGUGCUUGGAAGUGGCUUGGAGUUCUUCAAUAUUGGAGGAGACCCAGAGGAGCUCAUGGCGUUCAUGGUCAAGAACCCUGGACUGCUGCCGGGACUCAGCACGAUUCGCAGUGGAGCUAUCAAAAAGCGCCGCGCAGAUAUGAAAUCCAUUAUUCACGGAUGUUGGAGAUCUUGCAUUGAAACAGGAGAUGGAACAGAUUUGCAUCAAAUCAAGGAAGAUCUCUGGAGCGACACAGUGGAUUAUCGACGACGUCCAUUUAUCGCUGAUGCCAUUAUCGCCAACCCACCCAGUUUAGCCCAUAUUCAUUGCGCUCAAAGAUUAGGGGUUCCGCUUCACAUGAUGUUUACAAUGCCAUGGACGCCCACACAGUCAUUUUCUCAUCCGCUUGCAGUUCUCAAUCAGGAUGGCUGCAAGCCCACGGUCGCAAACUUUGUAUCUUACGCAGUCGUUGAUAUGAUGAUCUGGGAGGGAUUGGGGGAUCUGGUGAACACCUGGCGGAAGAAGUUUCUCGCAUUGGACGAUCUGGAUGCGAUUACGGCACCCAGUCUGAUCCACCGAUUACACAUUCCUUACUCAUAUCUUUGGUCACCGGCGUUACUCCCAAAGCCAAAGGAUUGGCCCGAAAACGUGGACAUAUGCGGAUUCAGUUUCCUUCCAACAAAAUCUGAUUAUGAACCCCCGAAAGAGAUUGCCGAUUUUCUGGAGGCUGGGCCAACACCAAUAUAUGUUGGGUUCGGCUCCAUUGUGGUAGAUGAUCAGGUCAGCUUGACAAAGAUCGUUUUUGAAGCAAUCCAGAAUGCUGGUCAACGUGCCAUUGUUUCAAAGGGCUGGGGCAAUCUGGGAGUUGAUGAAGUUGAUGUCCCCGACAACAUUCUAAUCAUAGGAAGUGUUCCACACGACUGGUUAUUCCAGCAAGUAUCAUGUGUCAUUCACCACGGUGGCGCAGGUACAACAGCUGCUGGGCUUUCAUUAGCAUGCCCGACUAUCAUAAUUCCAUUCUUUGGAGACCAACAAUUCUGGGGAAAGAUUGUCGCAAGGGCAGGGGCUGGACCGGUGCCAAUUCCGCACAAGCAAUUGACAGCCGAAAAGUUGACCGAAGCCAUCCAAACAGCAUUGCAGCCAUCAACAAAAGAGAAGGCACAGGAAAUCAGUGAAAAGAUGAAGAAUGAAUCUGGUGUUCGGGACGGAGUGCGCAGCUUCCAUCGUCACCUUGAUUUGGAGACAUUACGAUGCGCGAUUUGUCCCUCUCGGCCUGCUGUCUGGCAUAUUAAACACACCGAUAUCGGGCUUAGCGCCUUUGCAGCAUCAGUUCUGGUCGAGAUGGGCCGGUUAAAGCCCGAUGAUGUCGUCUUAAAUCGCGCACAAGAAUAUGAUACCUACCGCGACCCAGUCGGUCCAAUCAGCGCAUCAACUCAAGUGCUAGUUGGUGCCAUCGCAAACUUUGUGACUGGACUAGCCGAUCUACCUAUGACGGUGGUCACUGAUAUGGUGUCCGCCGGUCGUGCGAUUGGAAAUCCCCAUAACCAUACAGAUCCUAGUCAGGCCUGCCAUUGGAAAGACAGAAGAAAAAGGCAGCGAGGCGAAAGCUCUGAAAGCGAUGAUUUCUCCCAGCAUGAAGAAUCAGAUGAGCAGUCCUCUCAGCACGAGGAGCCAAAUGAGCAAUCGUCAUCGACGCAGACGCCAACUCGUGACUUGUUUGAUUCGGACGACGGAUCAAGUCUGAGCGACAGCAGCAACAUCGAUAGGUCAGACAGCGAUACAUCGGGGACUAGUUUGGAUCGCCGACGAAGCCUGCAACUUGAGAAAUCUAUCACGAUGACAUGCGGCACACAGAAAAAGAAGAGUGCUCUUACUGAAGCGCAAUAUCAUGGUGGUCGGAUGUCGAAGAAAUUUUUGAAAACUGUGAUUUGGCUCCCAACGGAUCUCACACUAAGUCUGUCAAAAGGAUUCCACAAUGCCCCCAAGUUGUAUCAUGAUCCGAUGGUCAAAUCCAUACCGAAGGUGAUUGGUCUUCGUAGUGGACUCCGGGCAGCUGGCAAGGAGUUCCGAGAUGGCUUCUACUACGGAGUCACGGGCUUAGUCACUCAACCCGAGUAUGGAUACAAGCAUGGAGGAGCCGCUGGAAUGGCCAAGGGAAUUGGCAAGGGUAUUGGCGGUGUUUUCUUCAAGCCACCAGCAGGCAUCUGGGGACUGGCUGGGUACCCCUUGGUUGGACUUCGCCGAAAACUCCAAGUAUCACUCGGAAAGGCUCAACAAGAUGCUAUUGUAUAUUCUCGGAUAGCACAGGGCCAAGAAGAGAUGCGUAAAUCUUCUGCGGACGAGAGGGCAGAAGUUGCCAGGCAGUGGUUUAUCCUUGAAGAAGAUCUGCGAACGACGAAACGACACAGCAGCCACUAUAUCCGGUCUCAUGGCCAUCUUCCAUAG